AGAGCAGUUAUGCAGCGUUCCAGUGUUGGAAGCAGCAGAGUGAGCUACCAAGGAGGGGUACAAAUCACCAAGACAUCAAUCCAAGAUGUGACAAGUGAGAUUUCAUAGACCCUCAGCAUGCUCUUUCGGUGGAAUCUUUACCUUCUCUUCCUCGUCUGUUGGCUUCUGUCAUUCCACGUUGCGUUCCUAGCCGGAGAACAUCCCAGGGGACCCUCGAGCAGACCUUUCGAUUCUGAUUUAGUGGAAAGCACGCUAGGACGUUCCUCAAGUCCAUCUGUGAGUUGGGAAGACAGCUGGCAGGGGGUUCUCGGGGAAUAUAGCGAUGUCGAGGAGGUUUCGGAGACAGCGCCGUCGUAUCGAAGGGACGAGGAACCGGCGAGCUCAUCAAAAGCUUCUUCAACUAAUGGAUUUAUGCUACUCACUCCCCCAACUGGGCAACCUCCUCCAGAUCUUACAUCCGACACUGAGAACAGCACGCCACUUGUAGCCACUAGCAGACCGGGAUGGACAUUUACUUUCUCUGAAGAUGUGGUUCCGAUCAGGGGAGCACCGACCACCGAGACAGAAAAAGAUGGCUCACAAGGUGCCGAUGAUGACCAGCAACUCCAAAAGUCUAGUGGUCCUCUCCAGACAUCAGUCACACCAUGCGGAACGACAAUCCCGACCUGGACUCCCAUGUACCAGGAUGAAUUUCCACCCAGUCACUCCCUGAGUCCCUCUCUGGAUUAUAGUCCUUCCCUUUUCGUUCCUCUGUACUCAGACUGGAACACUGCCCUUGCCACGUGGGGAUUUGCCUGGGAAGCCCACGUCUACGGUCUCGGCUCUGUCUUCACGGUGUUUGGCCUGAUCUCGGUGGUCUGCCUGUUGGGUCUGCCCUUCCGCUGUCCAUCUGGAAGCCCCUAUUUCACCCUGCUGCAUUUGUUCCUCAUCGGAUUCACAGGAAUUCAGGCUUUCUGCUUGCUUUAUGACGCUUACAGACAUCAAGAUCGUCUCCCCACUCUGAGCUCCCUGCUGCUCUCCCAGCUUCCCUUCCCUUGUUUGAUAUCUGCCUUCUCCCUGGCCUUCUUUCUUCUUUCUCUGCGCUCACGCAAGCGUCUUUCCCUUUCACUCGCCAUCUCGCCCUCGCUGUCUGCACUCCCCAAACCUUGCCUCCUGUUGUCUUUAUCCCUGGUGCACUUUGGUGUUUCUCUGGGCUGCGUUGGCGUUCUGCAGCUUUUUCACAGCCUCCCCAGUAUCAUUCUCCUGCUCCCUCAAGGUCUGUUUGUGUGCUUGACACUCAUUCUCUCGUGCUCCUACGUCAUCUUUUACUGUCUGAUAAAAGUAGACACCAGACACAUCUAUAGGCUGAAUGACAAUGGGGAGGGUGGAGGAUCUCCUGAGAUGAUGCAACCCGCAAGUUGCCCUUUUGCAAAAGUGGAAGAUUGGGGUCGGGCGGCAGGUGCUGGAAUCGGGGCUUCCUUGUGUUUAUUAGGAUGUGGAGGCCUACAGCUCUACGGAAUCUUACAUGCUCUUGGUUUGGGUGGGGUUGAACGCGACGGCUUCCUGCCCUGGCCCUGGUGGGGCUAUCAGAUCGGAUGCCGACUGUGUGAGGCCGGAGUUUGCCUCGGUUUGUCUCUUAUCGGCACGCAUCCUCUGUUCUGUCACACCAAGUCCUUCAAGGCUCAUCCUAGGCCAGGGUCUUGGUCUCGACUGUCCUGCAGCUCACCCUCGCGUGGGAUCACUCUGCCCACUCCAGGACGUGCAAAUUCUACCAUAAUUUCCUGGUCUCAAGACAAACCAGAAGAGAUGGUAGUGUGUGGUGUCACGACAAAGGGACAGUCAGAGGUUCUUCCUCUUGGUUUGAUGGUGGAUCGUCCUGGAAAGGAGCUUGCCUUUAUCUCUUUGCCGAACCAAUCCCACACUGCUUUACUAACUACACCAACAAGUCCAGCACACAAACCUAAAAACGUAGACUUCCAGCUAUCCUCCCUGAGUCUAGGGGCUGACUCUACUGUGGACCUACGGCCUCCAUCUCCAAUAGACUUGUCCCGCAGCAUUGACCAGGCUCUCUAUAGCGAAUCUCUAUUCGCUCACAGUAUAUUUGGCUUGCCAAGACUCUUCCCUAGUUCUUCCAGCCAUUCACUAGGCUCUCCUAAACAAGGCACAUCAAAACAAGGGCCUGCCUCAGAGGAAAGUUCUCUCUAUCGAACCUCUUCCUGCGGAGACCUGGAUCAAGAGGACAAUUCUAAACCUUCCCAGCCUCACGGUAUACUGAAAUCACAAAACAAAGCACCUGUGUCAUCAGAGCAGUCUGACUGGAAAGGAAGUGUCUCUGGUUCCACUUUGGGCCUGUGUAGCAAACCCAAGGAGACCAGAAAACUGCGCUCCAAUUCCUGGGCAAACAGAGGGCAAAACAUGGCACAGAACAGCCUACCACGUGCCAUCCCUCAUUUGUCUUACCGCAGACGUUACCGAACCUUGAGCGUCGCCUCCAAGGAUGGCCCGGGGUUUGGGCAACUGGCGGGGACUAAACAUCUGAGUGAGAGCAAGCAGCUGGAGUGGGAUCUGGCCGUGCAGGCGGAGUUUGUCAACGUGUGCAGGCAAAUUGACGCUUUGAGCAUUUGCAGUGACACCAUUGAACUGUAGACUGUGACGUUUCUAUAUGAAAUUUGAGUGCACUCGAAACACAACGAGAUUAAAAAAGAUUUAUAGAUUACAUAGAAAAGUCUACAUUUGUAAAAAUACACUUGUUUAACAGAAACAAUGUAUAGAGUAAAUAAUGUGGAGAGUGGCAAAGUACGGGUGCAUCUGAAUGAAUUUUAAUAUCUUUGAAAACAAACCCCAAAUACACCAUCAACAAAUUGGAAGACAUGAUCCAUCCCUCCAUCCAUUUUCUGAGCUGCUUAUCCUCACAAGGGUCGCGGGAGUGCUGGAGCCUAUCCCAGCUAUCAUCGGGCAGGAGGCGGGGUACACCCUGAACUGGUUAACAGCUAAUAGCAGGGCACACAUAAACAAACAACCAUUCACACUCUCAUUCACACCUAGGGACAAUUUAGAGACUUCAAUUAACCUACCCUGCAUGUUUUUGGGAUGUGGGAGGAAACCGGAGUGCCCGGAGAAAACCUACGCAGGCACGGGGAGAACAUGCAAACUCCACAUAGGCGGGGCCGGGGAUUGAACCCCGGUCCUCAGAACUGUGAGGCAGACGCUCUAACCAGAUAUACACCGUGCCAGAAGACAUGAUAAACAAUUAAAAUUAUUUUUAGUAGAGAAAUUAGUUAGCAAUUGACCUUAAAAAGUAUUUCAUGUUUUGUGAACCUCUGUAUGAGUUCCACUUUUUGAAUUGAAGUUACUGAAAUUGUUUUAAUUUUUUUACUGAACUUUUCUAACAUAUUCUAAUUUAUUGAGAUCCACCUGUAAAGUAUUUUUGCAGUAUUUAAACCUUAACACACUGUAUGUUCCACGUUCUGAAUUUGUAUUGUACAUAUUGAAUAUACAGUAUUAAAAAUUUUUUUUUUUAAAAAGCUAUUACAGUACUAUGAGGACAGUUUCCUUUUUUUCCCCUCCAGAAUUAAAAUGACUUAACAGUAGGCACACCUGCACAAUCUAAGGAAAUACAAGAGCUACUUUACUAAUUUACUCUUUAUCAGCAGUAGCAAUGCUCAGCUUUGAUUGACACUGUCAGACAAAUGUACUAAAGAAGUUUUAUUAUAUUUGUAACUCAGUUGUAGGCAUUUGACCUCGAUUUUCUACACGAAAUAGGCAAAAUAUUAGAAAGCCCUCUCAGUAUGACACAGUGCAGUUGAUGUUGCAAACUAAAACCACUUGAACAAGCAUGACAGUACAGCAUUGUUAAAUUAACACCUGUCUGACAGUGUCGAAGGUGAUCAAUUAUCAGAACAAGAGCGUUUUGUCAAUCAGUGUCAUCUAUUUAAUCAAGAAUAAAGGUGUACGCUCCAGCAGUCUUUCUCUCACACAGACACACAAAACGCAGCAAAUACACAUUCUUACAUAUUUGUACAAGUUGGUUCUUUUGUUCCUUCUGUCAUAUUAGUCAGCCCAUUUUAUAUAAAGCGUACACCAGAAGAUCCUGAGUGAGGUCAUAUACUGUACAUACCAUUGGGAGAAAUUACCCUGAAUGUGUACUCAACAAUCCAAACGAGACACGAAUGAAGGAAUGUACAAUGAAAAAAAAAACAUAACAUUGUUCCAUAAAAGUACAUGUUUGUGAUGCCUUCCUCUCAUAAUGAAAUAAAAUAUGGAAUAGU